AAAAAAAAAAAAAAAAAAAAAAGCGUUUUCAAUUUCCUCAAAUUCGAUUUCUCUAAAGCCCCUUCCUCUCCCUCUCCCUCUCCCCAAAUCCAAGUUCUAGGGUUUUCGAUUUCUCUGCGGAAGUUUUGAAAAUGGCGGAUAUUAAUACCCCUUCGAGCCCAGCCGGAGAUGGAGGAGAAAGCGGCGGCGGCUCUGUUAGGGAGCAGGAUCGAUACCUUCCUAUAGCUAACAUCAGCAGGAUCAUGAAGAGAGCUUUGCCUCCUAAUGGAAAGAUUGGUAAAGAUGCUAAGGAUACUGUUCAGGAAUGCGUCUCUGAGUUCAUUAGCUUCAUCACUAGCGAGGCCAGUGAUAAGUGUCAGAAAGAAAAAAGGAAAACUGUGAAUGGUGAUGAUUUGUUGUGGGCAAUGGCGACAUUAGGAUUUGAGGAUUACCUGGAACCCCUAAAGAUAUACCUUGCGAGGUACAGGGAGUUGGAGGGGGAUAAUAAAGGAUCAGGAAAGAGCGGAGAUGGAUCUAAUAGAGAUGCUGGUGGGGCUGUUCCUGGUGAAGAACUGCCGAGCUGGUGAAAGAAGUUGCAAGUAAACUCUCUAGAGAUGAAGAACAAUGCCAAAGGAUCAAGUACGUAAUUCCUCUCUCUAUCAUACGGCCUCAUGUAAACAAAAUGAAGAGCAUAGUCUUAUGUGCAUGGGAUAUUAGAGAUCAGUGUGUUGUUUAUAUUUGAGCUUAGCUGAUCGACGACCAUUUUCGGGAUUACUCUCAAAUUCGGUUGUGUUAGUUUGAACAUUUGGUUUUCCAUUUCUGGUUUAGUUGGUUGUAUUUAAAGAUUUUUAGAUGUGAGAACAGUUUGAAUGAAGGAAAAAAUUUGUCCAUGGUAUGUUCGCUCAUUUGUUUUUA